AUGUCCGGUUCUGCAUCGAGUUCUAGUCCUCCGGAAGCCUUCGACCAGCACUUCCUUAACAACUUGGGGGCUGCAUGCCGAGAAUCCAUAUCCAAGAACGAGAGACUGCUGUCCAAGUGCUUCCAGGACAUUGAAGCUGGUUCUACCGUCGACGUUCAGAUCAUUCUGAGAAACACCUCUGAUGCCCUUACGCCUGUGAAAGCAAUGUCCGUACCCGGCCCUAUAACGGCCCCGGCGUCGGAAUCGGCUACAGGCUCGGGGUCCUCAAGCUUGCCCGCUGGAAGCGAACACGCGAGCUCUGAUCAAUCAGAUGGCGUCUCAGUAUCCCCGGUGGUUGUUGUAACGACUUCAUUGACUUCGGUCUUCGAAGCAGUAUCAGCCGAUCUCUGCCGCCUUGCUGAUGACCAUCUACUCAGCUGUGACCUUCCCUCAUGGGUGACUCCGGUCUCACGACAACUUGCGAGAGUUAUCAUUAACCUCUCCUCAUCGGAUCACUAUCAGAUUCGAUGGACAGUUGCCAUUCCGACCCAAGCACAGCUGAAACGUGAAUCGGUCGCUGCUAUCAGUGAGCAUCGCUCUCACUGCAUGGCACAAUCAUCUCAAGCCAACACGAAUGCCAUACCCGGUGUUCUCACGACAGGUGAACAGGCUAACACCUAUCACUCCACCGGUGCUGUUGUUACCACUUCACAACAGCAAUCGGUCUCCCAAGUGAGCUCGUCUAUCGGUGGCCCUUCCAACUACGACAUCCAGCACAAUCCCACGGCCGUAUGCUCAACCUUCGGGGGGUAUCAAAAUUAUACAUGCCCUCCCCGUAUUCGUCCGUUGCAGAUUAAGACUGAUGUCACGAAGCGCCCUAUCGAUCAGGCUAUCAAGCAGGUUCGUGUCUUUAUCGGUCAUCCUGUACAUGACCGCCUCAAGUUCGACCCUAACCACAGUGGUGCCUAUGCUAGAUGGCGUGUUGCCUUUGCUGAUGCGAUCGAGCGCGUGCCAUGCUCUCGACAAGUUGCUACGGAGGCAGUUCUGGCAUGUCUACCAGAGCCUGUCAAAGGCACUGUCGAACGAAGUGUUCACCCAAGUGACAUCGAGAAGUUUGGUCACGUCAUCAUCAUCUAUGCCUUGGACCAUACCUAUCUGACGAAGCUCGAGUUGCGUAGUGUCUCCGCUGCGUGGGAGAGAAUCUGCCAACAACCCAAUGAGUCUGUCCGUCAAUAUGCUACGAGGUUUGAGCACUGUGCACAUGUAUACACGGCUCUCUACUCUACUCAUGGUCUUUCUGCCCGUGACAUCACCACCAAAUUCUCUGACGGUCUCCGUGGUGCCCGUGAAGUUCUGGGAAGAUGCCUAAUCGAUCCCCAAUGCCAGCUUGGCUAUGAAGCUUACAAACUCGCACUCUUCGCGGAAGCAUGCACUUGCAUCUUCCAACCUGUACUCGUCGACAAGCUCGAUCACGGUGAUGACAACGCUCCUGCCCGUGUCUAUCCAUCUGAUGAUCUUCAUCAACGAUAUCGGAUCACUACUGAUAUCAGGCCCCUAAACCACCCCCAAGUUGAAGGUCACAGCUGA